AUGGCUCUCGCAAUAAUCUCACUUUUUGCUCUACUGGCAGUCUCCGAUGCCGCUAAUACAUUCACGUUCAUACCAAGAAUCAUAGACGGUGAAAGUGUCAAAUUGGGUGAAAUUCCAUACCAGGUGUCGAUUCAAACCAAUGGCUCGCAGUAUCACUUUUGCGGCGGAUCGUUGCUCAACACACAAUACGUCCUCACGGCUGCUCACUGCGUAAUCGAUCUAGCUUAUCCGAUCCAAGUCGUUGCCGGUAUUGUAAACUUGGAUAGUCGUCUUUCGUCGGUUCGUCCAGUCGAAACGAUUAUUCUACACGAAAACUACAACUCGAGGGAUUCGUGGAUAAACGACAUAGCCUUGCUCAAGGUGAAAACGCCGUUCGUGUUGAAUAAAAACAUAUCCCCCGUUCCUCUGCCGGAAGCAAACGAAGAUGUCCCGACUAUGACACAGGCUAUAGUGUCAGGAUGGGGUGACAUUCACAUGGGCGGUCCGGAGUCACGACAACUGCUGAAGGCGGACUUGUACAUAAGUAAUCAAACCGCGUGCGAAAAUGUUUACAAAAGCAUAGGCUACGCAGUCCGUGACACGCAAAUCUGCGCUAAUGACCCCAAGGUCGAAAAAGGAUCGUGCAACGGUGACUCUGGUGGCCCACUGACUGUUGAUGGAAAGAUUAUUGGCAUUGUGUCCUGGUCGAUGGCGUGUGCACUCACCGACUAUCCCACAGUUUAUACUCGUGUCUCGUCUUAUUUGGAUUGGAUCGAAAGCCAUGCGGUUUAAUUCCAAAAGAUCGAUUAAAAUCUUACCACAUAUUUGUGUAAAAC